AUGGUGAUUUUCAGUAGUGACCACUCUUCUAGCUCUUCUGAGGAAGAUUCCAAGACUUCCAGGCCGCAGAUGAAGAUUUAUGCAGCGGAGGCACGUGCUAAAAGGGAUCGGUCACUGAAUGAUGCUAAGGAGAUAAUAAAUGCCGAUGACGAAAAGCUAGCAACUUAUCGGCAAAAACGACAUCAACUUCAGCAGACAAGGCUAGCAGCCGAGGAUGAAGUUCGGUCUCACGCUGAUGGUGUGGCGUCAGAUUCAGACCCAGAAGAAGUUGAAUCUGUCUGGGAACCUGUUGAACGCGAGGUUAAGCCAUAUCCACCUAGUAUGAGAGCUGAGCGAUUGGCUAGAGCGGAUUUCCGAGCCGAAUAUGAAGAAGAUGAAUAUUUGGAUGCGAUGUAUGUUGAUCCUGAAGAUCAUUUAGAAGAAGUUCUCAGUGAAGACGAUGGCUCCGAUGAAAAACUCGACGAAGACUCCACGGGCGAUGAUCGGGAAGACAAUGACGAAUCUGAUGAUUCUGACGAUUAA